AUGCUAAGCCAAGCCAACAGUGGAGGCAUCCAGAGCACCCUGCUGCCGAGUAGUGAGGGAUCACUGCUGGCCUACUCGGAUUAUGGAGACAUGGGCACUCAGGUCACUACGGCCAUCGCCAGGAACUUAUGGGCUAUGUACGAACAGAAUGGGAACCAAAAGCCUAACGAAGACGAUCUUAAAUCCACCCUCACAGACUGCAUGGAGGGCCGUGUAGCUAUCACCAAUGUGGCCAAGCUUCUGCUGUGUAUGUAUGCCAAGAAUGUGGGCUUCAGAAUGCUCAAGAACAAGGCCCAGGCCUUGAUGCAGUCCCUGGAGGAGUCCCUCACCCAAGCAGCUGGGUCAUAA